GGCAUCACUGGCUUUGUAAAAAGUUUGUUUUGGUAAACGAAAAAUCAAAGUUUGUUGGUGAUCUUUUCAGUUAUGGUUUCAAUCGUUUUCGCGUGAUUUGGCCGAUUUAUUAAAAAACAAAGCAAACUACAUUCAUUUCGGCUCUACGCUACUUCCAUUAUGACUGAGUCUAAUGGAAGAAGUACACCCUUGAAAAUAAAGGAAGAAUUGGACGACGAAUCAAAUCUGAUGAGUUUGGAGAAGCUGGACCAUGAUUCACCACAUAUGUGGCCGCAGAAAGCAGUCGAUCGGUUCAGCACUCCCAAUCUAAACUUUUCACCACCGGCAUGGACGAAAGGCCUGACGCAGGAUGAUAUCAACUCGAUGUAUCAAUUGGGUGCCUUAUCGGCGAACGGCAUCAUAGCGGAGGUUAAAAAACUCUACGAUCAGGCCUACCAGUUAGGGGUCCAGGAGGCGAAGGAAAUGACGCGCGGAAAAUAUUUAAAUAUCUUCUCGGGUAGCCGGAAGAAGACGUAGCACUUCCUAACCUAAGACUAGGGCUUUAAGAUCUUCAAAUAAAUUUACAACAACUCGAAUCGAA